CAAUCAGGUUACAAGGUCUCCUCUCGUCCACUGCAGUCACUCAUUAAUGUCCAGUCAUCUGCUUCCUGCUGCUCCACUCGUCCGUCAGUUCUGUUCAUCACUCUCUCAGUCGUCCACUUGUCCGUCAGACUGUUUUUUCUGAUGGAAGUGAAUCUCUGAAACAUCCAUUAUUAAUAUUAUCAUUUAACAGCUGACGUCUAAAUAUGAACAAACUGUUUUGAAAAAUAUUUAAAAAGAUAGUGAAAUAAAAAGGAGAUUAAAGAAAGAGAGCGAUGGGCUUCGCCGAAUUGCUGGACGAGGUAAAUUACUACUAAUGUAAUCUGAUUACUUGUUUGCUUUAGAUCUGAAUACUGCAGACCAGUAAUAAUUAUCAUCAAUCACUAAUCGGCUGAUGAAAAAAUUGCAUUUAAAAAUCAUGGAUCAACAUUCUGAUGUCACCACUUUAUCAGUCGCUGAUGACAUCAUAACUGUGACUGAUGACAUCACAGUAUCAGCUCGUCUGUGAUGUCAGGUGCGUUUGAUUGCAAGGGCCGAGGUAAAGAACACUUUACCUAGCGUCAGUCAAUAACGAGCAAUCGAUCUACAAUUGGUGUGGCUGUGGCAGACGGGGAAAGUGGUCGUCCUCCAACUAGGAGGUCGAUCCUCACCUGCAUGCCGAAGUGUCCUUGGGCAAGAUACUGAACCCGUCACUGAUGUUGAAUGCACUAAUGUAACUUGCUUCGUAUAUAAGUGUCUGCUAAAUGACAUGCAAAGUAAUUUACUAACUCUCAUCUGUCCGUCUCUCUGUUUUUCUUUCUGUCUCUGUCUCUGUCUCUGUCUCUCGCUCUCUAUCUGUCUCUCUCUAUCAGUCUCUCUCUCUUUCUGUCUCUCUCUCUGUCUCUCCCUCCACGUAGUUUAAGUACAAGAGAGUAGCUGUUAUUGGAUUAUUCAUUGUGCACUAACUCAACACUGCCCCCAUCAGGAAGCUUAUGUGACUGUGACAGUUGUGAGAUGAACACGGACCACAUGUGUGAUUCAGGUGUGUAACAUGUUUACAUGUCCCCCCCUCAUCGUCAUGGUGAGGUGGGCGGGUUCGGCAGGUACCAGUGGCUCCAUGUGACGCUCAUCAGUUUACCUGGUUUGUUGAUGGCAAGUCAGAACCUGCUCAACAACUUCGUCUCUGGAAUCCCCGCCCACCACUGCACCCUGCCGUCCAAUCACAGCCUCUCUAACCUGUCUCACUACCAGGUGGACGAGAAGCAGUUGCUCAAGGUUUUCAUUCCUCUGGACUCCUCAGGAAAUAGACUGGACCGCUGCAGGAGGUAUGUGGAGCCGCAGUGGCAACUGUUAGCCGUUAACAACUCAGCUAAUGUUAGCGAGCUACAGACAGAAGAGUGUGUGGACGGAUGGACGUUCGACCGCUCUGAGUUCCUUGCAACCACCGUCUCUGAGUGGGACUUGGUGUGUGCGAUGCGUCCUCUGAAGCAGAUGAUUCAGACCAUCUACAUGGGCGGAGUUUUGGCUGGAGCCAUCAUCUUUGGCAGCCUGUCGGACAGGUUUGGGCGGCGAUCUAUCCUCAUAUGGUCAUACCUGCAGCUGGGCGUGCUGGGGGGUUGCUCCGCCCUCUCUCCCUCGUACACCACCUACUGUAUUUUUAGGUUUCUGAGCGGGAUGGCGGUGUCUGGCAUCAUCCUCAAUGGAGUCUCACUGAAGGUGGAGUGGAUUCCGACCAAAGAGAGAACACUCGUUGGGACGCUCACAUCAUUCUUCUUCACCUUUGGUCAAAUGAUCUUGGCGGGACUCGCUGAUUGGUUGAGAGACUGGAGGAAGCUGCAGGUCGCCGUCUCUGCACCAUACCUUCUGUUCUUCGCCUACAGUUGGUGGUUCUUAGAGUCAGCCCGUUGGUUGGUUCUUAACCGGCGGUCUGAGGACGCGUUGAAGAGUUUACACAGAGUCGCUCGAAUUAACGGAAAACCAGAGAUUGUUGAAAAGUUAACACUGGAGGUUCUGCACUCACACAUGAUCAAAGAGAUGGAGUCGAGUCGUUCGACGUUUACAGCGUACGACCUCCUGAGAACCAGAACGAUGAGACGCAUCUCCGUCUGUAUGAUGGCCGUCUGGUUCGCCACUAGUUUUGCGUACUAUGGUUUGGCGAUGGACCUGCAGAAGUUUGGGGUGAAUAUCUACCUGAUGCAAAUCAUCUUUGCAGCUGUGGAUUUUCCCGCCAAGUUGUUUGCUCUGGGCAUGCUCAGUUACUGUGGGAGGCGGGUCUCUCAGGCCGUCUGCCUCUUCCUAUCGGGCGCCGUCAUUUUCGCCAACAUUUUUGUCCCCACAGACAUGCAGGUCCUCAGGACAACCUUUGCUUGUCUUGGUAAAGGUUUAACCUCGGCGUCGUUCACCACUGCCUACCUGUACAGUGGCGAGCUCUACCCCACCGUCAUCAGGCAGACAGGGAUGGGUUUGGUCUCCACCAUGGCGAGAAUCGGCAGCAUGGCAGCGCCCGCUGUCCUCAUUCUGGACGAGGUCUUCCCUGCUCUGCCCAGUGUGGUGUAUGGGGGCGCCGCCGUGCUGGCUGGAGGAUUCGCUUGUUUCCUGCCAGAGACGCUGAACAUCCCGCUCCCUGACACCAUCCAAGAUGUGGAGGAGAAUUGGUCUGGAAGAUACCCUGCAACUCGAGAGAAAGAGGGCGUGUCCUUACAAGAGGGGAUGACCUCUGACAACAUCAUUAAGUCCUGUGGGGGCGUGGUCACAAAGAAGGAAGUGACAUUAAAAGAGCGAAAGGAAACAGAAGGGACCGGCCUCAAUGCGCUCUGACCAAUCAGAUGCUGCCGCAUCACACAGUCAGAACAGGCCUGAAGAGUAGGGAGCACUCCUGUAACCAUGGAGAUGUCAAUCUGAGAUCAUUACAGUUGUCACCAUGGUUACUGUAGACAUCCACAGCUGGUAGGAAACAAUGAUUAUCAAUCAAUCAAUCAAUCAAUCAAUCAAUCAAUCAAAUUGUAUUUGUAUAGCCCAUAUUCACAGAUCACAGUUUGUCUCAUAGAGCUUUAACAUGGUGAGACAUCCUCUGUCCUUCACCCUCAGCAAGAGUCAGGACAAACUACUAAAAACCUUUAACAGGUACAAAUACAUAGAAACCUCAGAGACACAUGUGAGGACCCGUCUCCCAGGACGGGCAAAGGUCAACAGAUGUCCAGUGAAGGAGACAUCAUCAGAUUAAAGUUGUUAGCAGCAUUGAUGAGGGUAGACAUCUUGAAGGAAAACUUCAACACUAUAUGUCAAUCAGUCCUGCUGCAUCAUAGUCUCUGGUCAGCAGCCAGCAGGACCAUGAUCCACCAUCCAGACCAGAUCCACUAUAGUCCACAGUCCUUGUCCACCGCCCGCAUCUGAUGCCAACGCAACACAGGAGCCGCCAUUACCACUAUGAUCAACCCACAUGAUAUAGAAUAAUAGGAAACAACAACAACUACGAGACUCAGAGUUGAUGCUGAUAAUGUUUUCAUAACUUUUGAAGCUUUUUAUUAAACUGCUGAUGAACAUGAGGUUUGUGAUGUUCCCUUGGUGACGUGACAAAACAAAGAUACUGACGCAGUUGAAACUAUUACUGCGGCAACCACAAACCUGGACCUCACUUCCUCAGACCAGGACAACACCCUGACCAAUUGGAUAGAAGGACUGAAUCUGAACCAAUCACGAAGCUUUAAUCAGAAAGAUGAACCAGUGAUGAAGGAGGGUUCAGAGGAAACGUGUGAUGAGUCAGAUGAUUGAUUAUCGAUCAGAUGUAAAUGAUGUCGCCAGAGCAUUGCAAUAACAUGUCAACAAAACUAUGUAGAAAUAUUAAUACUGAUGUUAAUAAUCAAUAAUAUAUGUAUGAGGCUAAUAAAAAAUUUUAUUAUCAA